UUUCAUUGAGGCAUAUGAAGAAAUUCCAGCUUCACACAGAUACGCACUUGGAAAAGGGAGAAGUAUUUUGACAGAUAAUUCUCAGAUAAUUGUGGAUAUUCUUCUUCGAUACUACACCAAAACUUGAUACGUUAUAGUUUCUCAAAGUUUAUAUUCCAACGGGCUGUGAACAGAGCAGAUUAACAUGGAGAAGGGAGCUGCGCUGCUGCUUAUGCUGCUUAUCGUUACAGAGGCUCUUCUGUCACAAUCUGUUGCAAAUCCAGUGGAAUGCCAAGACAGUGAAUACCUGGACGAUCAUGGCAAAUGCAGCCCCUGCAAAGAGUGUGCCCCUGGAUUUGAACUUUCCAAGGAGUGUGGUUAUGGGGAAGGGAGAAGCGCUCAAUGCACUCCGUGCCAGCCCAGGAAGUUCAAGGACAGAUGGGGACAUCAUGGCUGCAAAUCCUGCCUCUCUUGCUCGCUUAUCAAUCGGGCCCAGAAAUUCAACUGCAGCACAACCUCCGAUGCCACCUGUGGAGAGUGCUUCCCUGGCUUCUACAGUAAAACUCAGAUUGGUGGAUCCCAGGACCUUGAAUGUGUGCCCUGCACGAAGCAGACCCCAUCUUCUGAACAACAGUGCCUUCCUAGAAUUCACUUAGAAGAAAGUUCCACUGAUCCUGGACAAGAUUUGGUUUUGGUGGUGCUAACAAGCAGUGCCCUGGUACUCCUGGCAUUGGUCCUGCUAACCAUCUCCAUCCUCUACUGCCAACAGUUCUGGAAGAGCCAGUGCCAGCAUGUGUUCUUGAGACGUCAGAACGUCUCUGGUCAGAGAUCAACAUUUCCGACAUCUACGCCAACUGGCUUCCUUUGCCAUGAACUGCUGUCAGAUCCUUGCUCCUUAGACAUCAAGAACUUUAGCUCUUCUGGCAGACCAAUAGAAGGCCUUGUCAAAGCUGUCCAGUUUACCCCAGGAAUGGAUGUUUCCGGAUUUCACCUCCCCCGUACAGAGCCUGAUACGGAUUUGUCCAAGCUGAUGAUAGUCACUUCCAAGACCCCACCAGCCAGGAGCCUCUUGGAGACUCAGCCCCUGAUUCGGAAUUCUGGCUUCAGCAAUGGCUCCAGCAGGGACUCUUCUGUUACGGAGUUCAGACAGGACUGCAGCAGAGAUGCUGAUGGUCCAGCCAAGCUCUCUUCCUGUGCCAGGGAGUUGCAGCAUCGCUGGUCUCAUAGCCCAGUGGAAUGCACUGAACUGGAUCUGCAAACGUUUUCUACCUGGGCUGGGAAGGGAACAGCAGAUAGAGAUCACAGGCAAGCAGGAGCUGCCAUCUGAAGUUCUUAGGUGGUCUGUCUAUCCAGCAGCCCAGGCUGGAUUGUCUUUGGAAGCUGUUUCAGUCUUGUGUUCAUCCUUCCAAAACCCAACAAUUGAAAGUGGGGAGCACCCAGUAAGUUCCUCUAGCAAUGCUCUUCUGGAGCAACCACCGCUUUGAAUAUUUACAGCUUCACUCUCUCCUCUCUUUUGCACACUUCAGCCACUGCCAUUCUUCCCAUCAGUGUUGCAGCAAUGGCAACCCUGGUCUUGAGCUAAAGAGACUCUCCCCUUCACAUGGAUUCAGUGGCAUUAUUGGGCUCUCUUUCCAUCAAGCCACACCCAAAAACUGAAGAGGUUGGCCCAUAUCCACUGAUCCAUCCAGAAAAACGGGUGCUGGGCCAGAUGUCGAGGUUCCAAAAGCUUGUUGAGUUCCUUGCCAGUUUUGAAAGAAUCUGUCUUCCUGUUGUCUUGGCCUAAAACUCUGUAGAAGGUUCAACAUCGUGAUGCUUUACUCUUGCUUUAUAACCAGUUUAUUCAGGCUUCAUCCCAGAACAUCCAACUCUAGAAUGUUGUCUACUCAUCCACUGGAAGAUGAAUGGAAGCCAGUCGAAUACAACAGCCCAUCCUAUGUUUGCUGGGAGUCAGGUGGCUUCAAUUGAGCAAGGCGCUACCUUGUCUCUUAGACUAAAAUCUCUAAGAGCAAAAGGGUUUAUUUAAAAUGGAGAAAAAAAUCUGAGAGAUCUGGAAUAGCACAUGUCUGCUUGAGAUUUUCUUCAUGAAAUUCGCCUCCUGGAUCAACUUUGCAAGAAGGUUGCAGAGUCAGGUGACAAGUCCUGAGCACUCAGUCUAUCUCCUGGUUUCUCCUGUUUGUUACUAUCUGGCUGCUUGAAGUACAUAACUCCAUCUCAUGAAAUACUUAUCUGUUCUUGAAAACCCUGGAACUUAAUUUUUUUUUUCUUUUGGUUGAUUGUUAAAAAUGUUAUGAUUUAUUUUCAGGACAUGAAGGAAAGUUACAAUACUCCUGAGAUCCCUGAAAAAGAAUUUUACUGCUGCUGUGGAAUUGAGGUGUUCUUUUUUACUCUGGACAUUUAUAAUAAUUUCAGUAUAGCUAUUUUCAAAGUAUGCCUUGAUCAUUCUGAGCUUUGAGCUCUUCAGCAAAUGUAAAAUACUGCCUUGUGCAUUUUUAUUGGAUACAUUCAGGAGAGGGCUCUGACCAUGCUUAUUUAUUUCCCCUUUGGACAGAAUUGUAGGAGAAAAGCUACUGUAUGAAAUUGAGUUUUUAAAUCACAAAAAUGGUAGCAAAGGAAGGGCUUGACAGAAUAGGUCCAGUUUUUUAAACCCAGAAGCUUUUAAUAUUAUGUAUCUUUCAUUGCGUAUCUUUCAUUGUUCUGUGGAAGGAGGAACCUGGCCCAGGCUUGUCUCUGCUGGUAGCGAGGGCAGUUCAUCAGGUGUUUCUUGCUUUUGCAUAACAAAAGUCCUUCUGAAAUGCCUUCCUUCUCAGAUAUCCCUUGGCCAUCUCAGGGAUGUAUCUGACAUUCCACAUUCAUGUUGUCAACUCCAGAAUUUAGUCCCCUAUAUAAAUACAGGUAAUCCUCACUUAAUGACCCUAAUUGGGACCAGCAACU